AUGAGCAGCCCAGAAGAAAUAAAUCCAUAUCGUUCUCUAUCACCUCUCGAACGACGAACCCGUUCAUUGUCUCCUCCUCUUCAAUCUCCUUCUUCAUUUAGAAAUCCAGACCGACGUUUGUCAGAAGAAUACGAAGACAAGAGUGAUCAACCGUUUGCCUAUGGCUAUUUACUUGGCUUGUUCAGUAGCCCAGACAUGGGUGCAUUUCUAACCAGCACUAGUUUCUCGGAUGAGAUUCAGGCCCUUCCAUUCCAUUGGCAGACACUGAUUAGUGAAGCCAAGGAUGAAGUGAUUCAGGAACGCACACAACAUUCUCCUUUAAAACAACAUCCUGCAAUGAAGAGAUUAGAGAAUGUCAGACAAUAUGUGUGGAUGGCAGCAGGGAAUGAUUCUUCUAAUUUACCUAAUACUCUUACUUCUAUUCUUCAUCAAGACGACCAAUUGUGGCCUAUUAUUCAAUCACCCCACUUUUUCACAAGUGACAAUAAAUCAUGA